GCGCUCUCCGGUGCGCUGUCAGUUGCUCGCCAUGUCUCGGCCCGGAGAGGAGCUGUGCGGUACUCUGUCCUACCGGACCGAACCCCGGAGGAACCCGCGGCUCAGCCUCUUCCACCUCAAGCUGACCGACUCCGCUCUCCGCUGCGUGCGGGACUUUCAGAAGGCGCUGGGUUCAGAAACGACAUUGCCACCGCCUGUGAUCACUUUUCAGGGGAACCAGGGGUAUAUCAAGAUUCCCUCUCCGGUCUCAGGCUCUGAUGACAGAGUGCGGGUCUUUGCCUUCUACCUAUCCAGGGAGAUUAAGGAUAAACCCCAGUCAAGCUUUGAGUGCAUAAGACAAGGCACCACCUGGACUGGAGAGAAGCAUCUCAGCUGUAUUGGCACGAUACAAGACAAGAUAACCGUGUGUGCUACUGAUGAGUCCUACCAGUUAACCCGAGAUCGUAUGUCCCAAGUAGAGAAGGAAUCAUGGAGCAGGACUGCCAUUGAGAUUAAACCGGAGGCGUCUCAUCGAAGUAAGUGUGUCAAGAUCCCAAACAAAAUGAGCGUGGAGUCCAGUACAGAGGGUUCCCCAUCUUGUCACCGUCCACCUGUAUUUCUAACGCCAGCGGCCAAAAAGUGCAACCGGGUUAAUGGUGAACGAAGACCGCUGCAGGAGUGGCUUAUUCAACUGCUAGCCUUGAAACCGUACCGAAAGCAUGACCUCAUUCUGCGCCUAGAAAAAUCCAACACCUUCCCCAGAGAUCAGGCAGAACUGAUGUCUGCGCUGGAUGUGGUAGGACAACAGAACCCUAAAGAUGGCAAGUAUAGCCUGAAAGAAGACAUGUACAGCCAGGUACAGAAGGACUGGAUGGGAUAUACUCCAGAGGAGAGGCAGCACUUAGCAGGUAUUCUUUCAAGUAGGAAACACCCAAAUAUUUCCUUAUCACUGAAUGGCCAGGCACCAGCCGAGAGGGACAAAACACAGCACAGCCUGUCAUCCUCACACCAAAAUGCACGGACCAGGCCUCCUGAUGGUAAACGUCCGGCAGGAUUUAUUAGCACAGAAGGUGACAACUGCAAAAGAAUAAGGUCGUCAUUGGAUGGAGAUCCUCCUGAACAACACUCCAGCUCUUCAUCCAACACACACGUGAACUCUAGGCAUCAGACUGGUUCUGAAAGUGCCAAAAAACUACCCCCUGCGUCUGAUAAACACAAAGUCUUUCCAGCACAAAGUCACAAAAAGCACAGCACACCACAGACUUUACACCCAGGAAUGCACAAAAGGACAAAGACCUGUGAUGGGUCACAGACUGGCAAAGCCAAGCAUAGAGAUUCCACAACUCCAGCCUCUCAGAUGGACAAGAGGCCGGGGUGGCUAAAAGAAGGGAAAAGAGAACAUGAAUCGAGCGAAGAGGAGGAGGACGAGGAAUGGGAAGAGGAAGCGAUUUUGCUGGAAAAGUGCCUCACAUCUCCAGAAGGUGCAGAAGAAAAAGAUGAAGUUUUAGAGCCAGUUCUACCUUCUGAAGAAGUUCCAGAUUACUUGAAUAAAUAUAACACAAUCACAUCUGAGGAUCAGAAGAAACUGUAUGAGGAAGAUUUUGCUUCUGAUUAUUCGGAAUAUCUUGAGCUCCACUCCAAGAUUGGGAAGGUGCUGGAGAGAUUCAUGACGCUUGGCUCCAGAAUGAGGAAGUAUCAGCAAGGGACAGUAGAGCACAAGAUGGUGGAAAACAAGAUUCUGAAUGAGUACAAGAAGUUUAAAAAGACUUAUCCUACCUACAGUGAGGAGAAGUCACGCUGUGAAUACUUGCAUGUUAAAUUAUCGCACAUAAAGCAUCAGAUUCUGGAAUAUGAAAAAAAUACACCGACCUAGCCAGCGUGCUCGGGGGGAAGAGACAACCCACUCCGCACAGACCUCAGCAACCUGCGAACACUCCACGAGUUGCCACAAGCCUUGAAGGAAAACCAACUGUGAAAAAUAAAAAAAGUGCCAUCCAAAUAUUGUGCGAUACGUAUACAAUGUAGAGGAGAUGCCUUCAUCGGGAUUAUUCCAAAAGCAUCGAUUAAUGCCUUACACGGGACGUUUACAUGGGUUAUACUCUGUAAAAAAAAAAAAAAAUAAUACAAAAAAACUA